GUGUAGAGUGGCGUUCGCUCAGUAAACACAGCGUACAUUGUUGCACCUAUCUCAGUGUUGAAGCGACACUCGGUGCGGUGGGUACGGCCAUCGCACGACUUUCAAAUUUCGAAUCAUUAUUUUUUUUAAUUCACAUCUUGUGUUGUAAGUGAAAUAAUUUUAUUUAAUUGUCUAUCAUUUGUGAAAACUCUUUGAGUUUCCUUUGGGAUAAACAAAACGCUUGGCUCCGAUUGGAAUUUCCUGUGCUUGCAGUUUUUAGGAUAAUAAAACAAAAUGGCGACCUCAGUCCUCCAGCCCGAAGAUUGCCGAAGGGAGCACGAGCCAAAGCACGAAGUUAUCGAUGCCCCGAGGUUAACCGAUGAUGACCGAACGUAUUUGCUCGAGGCUAAAGAGCGGGAGACCGGUGAACUGCCCCCAGAACUGAGGGAAAAAGCCAGGACUGAACUGAGAGAGGAACCAGCACUUAGGGAACAGGCUUUAGAACAAAUGAGACAUUUCAUAGAGAAACAUCCUGCCAUCAAGAAGUGUAGAACUGACACACCAUUCCUCCUCCGUUUUCUCCGAACAAAGAAGUACUCCAUCCCGCAAGCAUGUUCCAUGCUGGAGCGAUACCUGACCAUCCGGGAGAUGCACCCUCAAUGGUUCAAGAAGUUGGACCCUCUGGACCCUAAGAUCGCUGCGGUUAUCGACGCUGGGUAUUUGGUACCCUUGCCUAAGAGGGAUGCUGAAGGCAGACGAGUUGUUCUUUCUUGUAUGGGUCGCUUCGACCCCCAUCAGUUCGACAACUGUGUAAUGGCGCGCGUCCACUCUAUGAUCGUGGAGCUCUUGUUGGACGAGCCACGGUCCCAACUCCUCGGCUACACCCACGUCAACGACGAGGCUGGUAUGCAGAUGCCCCACGUCAGUCUGUGGUCCCUCACUGAUGUCAGGGUCAUGCUGAACUGUAUUCAGAAUUCGACUCCAAUGAGGCAUAAGCGUACCCACUUCGUAAACAUUCCACACUACGGAGUUAAGUUCUUCGAGUUCGCAGUCUCUCUACUCAGCGAUAAACUGAAGGACCGUGUGAUGUUCCACCGAACCAGCGAAGAUUUGAUGAAACACGUCGACCCAUCGAUUUUGCCCAAAGAAUACGGUGGUACUGUGCCUCUCAAGGACAUGAUUGAAGAACUGAAACGCAACCUCCUGAAACACAGAGAAGCUUUGCUAGCUUUAGAUGACAUGUCAGUAGAUUUACACGCUUUGGAGAAGAAUGAUCUAACUCAAGACAUACAUUCAACGGCAGGAUCUUUCAGGAAACUUGAAUUAGAUUAGAUUAAGAACAUUAUUGUAAAAUAACUCAAAUUACGAGUGUAAGAAUCAUUUAUUGUUAUAUUAAAGUGAAACUCUUUCAUUGAAAGUUUUUUGGGCUGGACGAAUAGCGUAGACAUAUUUUCAUUACUUAUAAUUAAUAUUUACUUCUUCAAAUCUUGCUUUGCUUUCAGAAUAAAUUAGGUAUUAUAAUUAAUUUUAGUUCAAUAAUCAUUUUGUGAUGGCUAUUGUUAGUAACACAUUAUUCAAUGUAAGUCGCAAUAAAAUAAUCAUAUAUGCAAAUAGAUCUCAUUCACUGUUAUUAGAUAAUUUUAUAUAAAAGAAUUGUAACAUUGUUAAAAUAAUUGCUUUGUAUAUUUUUGAGACUACAUUUUACGGCAGUUUGCACUAUAAUUAAUUCUCUAAGCCUACAUUUAUUUUAUUUUAGUAACUAUUAUAGAGAGCUUGUGGCAGCCGUCGGUGGUGUCACGUUACCAUUCUUUACGGAAGGUUCUGAAAAAUGUUGUCAUUGUAUUCAGUUGCAAUGGGUGUAACCUAAUAACAAUUAGAUUUCUCGUAUAUUUAAGAUAACUGCCAACAUGACAAACUGACUGCUGCAUUAAAUUAAUUACCUUUUGUAAUGUGAAAAGGCUACUUUGUAACAGCGCUUUUUUGUAGUAAAUAUUAUUGUUAUUGAUAUCAUCACCGGUUUUGUGAGUCAUCCGAAGUAUUUUGGGUACAUAAUAAUAUUAUUUUAAGAUUUAAAUAAUAAAGUAAUUGAAAAC